AUGACUAGUGGUAUUGUGCUGGGGCAGCAGGUUUUGAGUGGGGGAUUCUUGUUGUUUCAGAUGCUGGUGACCUUCGAGGAGGUGGCUGUGUAUUUCACCCAGGGGCAGGGGGCUCUGCUGGACCCCGUUCAGAGAGCCCUCUACAGGGACGUCAUGCGGGAGAACUACGAGAUGGUGACCUCGCUGGGAUUCCCCCUUCCCAAACCAGACCUGAUCACCCGGCUGGAACGAGGGGAAGAUCCGUGGGUUCCGAAUCUCCAGGCCUGUGAGGAAAGAGAGAUCCCGAGAGGCGCCCACACAGGUGAUGAGAGAGUGAGUGAGAACGAGGAGGGGAAUCAACAGCAGGAAGUUCCUGGGCACGGGGAAUCACAGGGGACCUUUGUGAGAAGACCCCAUACGUGCUUAGACUGCAGAAAAAGUUUCAUGUGGUGGUCACACCUCAUUUUACAUCAGCGAAUCCACACAGGAGAGAGACCCCACAAGUGCUUAAUCUGUGGGAAAAGUUUUAUACGGAGGUCAGACCUUGUUGUACAUCAGGCAAUUCACACUGGAGAGAGACCCCAUAAAUGCUUAAUCUGUGGGAAAAGUUUCAUACGGAGGUCAGUACUUGCUAAACAUCAGGCAAUCCACACUGGAGAGAGACCCCAUAAGUGCUUAGACUGUGGAAAAAGUUUCAAACAGAGGUCACACCUUGUUGUACAUCAGGCAAUCCACACUGGAGAGAGACCCCAUAAGUGCUUAAUCUGUGGGAAAAGUUUCAUACGGAGGUCAGCCCUUCUUAUACAUCAAGCAGUCCACACUGGAGAGAGACCCCAUAAGUGCUUAGACUGUGGAAAAAGUUUCAAACGGAGGUCAGCCCUUCUUAUACAUCAAGCAGUCCACACUGGAGAGAGACCCCAUAAGUGCUUGGACUGUGGAAAAAGUUUCAUACGGAGGUCAAACCUUCUUAAACAUCAGGCAAUACACACAGGAGAGAAAUCCCAUAAAUGUUUGGACUGUGGGAAAAGUUUCGCACAAAGAUCAACUCUUAUGACACAUAAGGCAAUCCACACUGGAGAGAGACCCCAUAAGUGCUUAAUUUGUGGGAAAAGUUUCAUACGGAGGUCAGCCCUACUUGAUCAUCAGGCAAUCCACACAGGAGAGAAAUCCCAUAAAUGUUUGGACUGUGGGAAAAGUUUCACACAAAGAUCAAAUCUUAUGGCACAUCAGGCAAUCCACACUGGAGAGAGACCCCAUAAGUGCUUAAUCUGUGGGAAAAGUUUCAUACGGAGGUCAAACCUUGUUAAACAUGAAGCCGUCCACACUAGGGAGAGACCCCAUAAGUGCUUAGACUGUGGAAAAAGUUUCAUACGGAGGUCAACCCUACUUGAUCAUCAGGCAGUUCACACAGGAGAGAAAUCCCAUAAAUGUUUGGACUGUGGGAAAAGUUUCACACAAAGAUCAAAUCUUAUGGCACAUCAGGCAAUCCACACAAGAGAGAGACCCCACAAGUGCUUAGACUGUGGAAAAAGUUUCAUACAGAGGUCAAACCUUCUUAAACAUCAGGCAAUACACACAGGAGAGAAAUCCCAUAAAUGUUUGGACUGUGGGAAAAGUUUCGCACAAAGAUCAACUCUUACAGCACAUCAGGCAAUCCACACUGGAGAGAGACCCCAUAAGUGCUUAGACUGUGGAAAAAGUUUCAUACAGAGGUCAACCCUACUUCAUCAUCAGUUUCUGAGGCCAGGAGACGUCUGUAUCGGAUCCCUCCCAGCACUGGCUGACGUGCCUGCACUGCAGAGUGACAGCGUCUGUGAAAUACUGCAGCCAAAUGGGACAUGGAGCUUCCUCCUGGAGACGUUCCAGGGGGUUCUCUGCGGUCAUGGCUCCCUCUGUGGAGUUGUGUGUCUAAGCCAUGAGAGCGAGAAACUGACCUUCGUUAAAGUGAGAGCUGAGAUAGUCACAUAA